AUAAAAUCUACAGUUUCUUGUUUCUGCCGGAUCUGCCCACGCGGACUUCCUUCUGUUUCCGGUUUGGAAAGGAGCAGUGGUGUGGUUUAGAAGGGACUCUUUCAUUUGUCAAAAUGCAGAACCCAAAUGAAGACACGGAGUGGAACGAUAUCCUGAGGAAGAAAGGCAUCCUCCCCCCCAAAGAAGUUCCUAAAGAGGAUGAAGAGGAGGAGGAGCUGGCCCUCCAGCAACAAUCUGUCGUUAAAACAUAUGAGAGUAUGACUCUGGAUGAGCUGGAGGAGAACGAAGACGAGUUUGGAGAGGAGGAUGAAGCUGCCAUUGAGAUGUACAGACAGAAGCGUCUUGCGGAGUGGAAAGCGGCUCAGAUAAAGAACGCUUUUGGAGAACUGGGGGAAAUCUCUGGACAGGACUACGUCAAGGAGGUCAACAAGGCUGGAGAGGGAAUAUGGGUGGUGCUGCACCUCUACAAGCAGGGCAUCCCUCUGUGCACCCUCAUCAACCAACACCUGAACACGCUGGCCAGGAAGUUUCCUCAGACCAAGUUUCUUAAGUCCAUCUCCACCACCUGCAUCCCCAACUACCCCGACCGGAACCUGCCCACCAUCUUUGUUUACUUUGAGGGGGAGAUGAAGGCCCAGUUCAUCGGUCCUCUGGUGUUUGGGGGCAUGAACCUCAAAGUCGAAGAGCUGGAGUGGAGGUUAUCAGAAACCGGAGCGGUGAAGACGGACCUGGAAGAAAACCCCAAGAAACAAAUCGAAGACAAGUUAAUGUCAUCAAUCAGAAGUUCACUCCCUACGCGAGAAGACAGCGACUCUGAGGACGAUUAAAAAGAAGAGUGCUGUCGACUUCCACGAGGAGACGUUCAGACGUUAAAUCUGCAGCAGAGAAGCGGGCCUCCCAUUCAGACCUGUGGUUAUUUCUCAUUUUAAAUAUAUUUAACAAUGAGCAGGGUUCUGUCCUGCUCAAAGGCACGUGGGCUGAGCCUCAAACUCUAUGAACCCAUUGAACCGCUCAGCUUUUUUUUUUUUUUUUACAAGUCAAAGAAAGUCACUCUUUUGUCAUUAGAUUUAACGUUAAAGCACUUUUACAGAAUCAUCCAAGACAAAAACUCACUUUUUUAUUACAUGAUAAAUAUUUUACAAAAGCAACGUUUAAUUCUGCUUCAUUAAAACGUGAGUCGCCACUUUGCUCCAA